GACAUGCGGAAUCGAGUCAGUGCGCGGUAUUCCGUCUAACCAGUGACGGUACGCAACUCCAUUCGUUCGUUUGGAUCGCGAAAACGUAGAAUAAAAUCGGUGGAAAAUUUUCUUCGGUCGAUAUUUCGAGAAACGAUCACAGCUUCAUUAGCCACGAGUCGUUCUCUGACGGAUCGUGUUUAUAUCGCGUGGAAAAUACACGAAAAUAUCGGAUCUAACGACUACGAUAAAACAUCGCAACCGGAAAUACGCUGUCGCAUAUAAGUACGUUCGGGCGACGAAAACGACGUGUUCGUUGCGUUGACGAUAGAGAAAAAAGAAAAUAUAACGGAACAGAAAGUAAAUUGUAGCGUGAAGCGUGAUCCUGAAAAAGUUAGCCGCGUGGUCGAGCAUAAUUCCAGGUGCUAAAUUUAAAUGUGUUGCCUCGAUCCCCUUGGGUUAUUUCGCCUAGGUUGGCUGCGCUCAAACGGCUCGCUAGCGAACCUCUAUCGUCAGCCCUGCCGGCAGUGGUAUCGGUGUUGAUCGUUGUUGCCAGGUAUUAUACGUGAAUCGUGGUCGCCAUUGCCGGCGGUAGCGGCAUUGGUGUGAACACGAACACACAUCGCCUGCGCGAUCGCGAGCUUACCACCACUACGCGAGUCAGUCGACGGUCUGCCGGCGAGCAGUGCGGACGCGUCGUGGAAGGUUUGAAGUUGUCGUUGCCCGCAAAUAUUUGCUGGCACGACCGCGAUUUCGCCCCACCGUCGGUGCCACGGUAACGCACGGCUCCCGCGGACAGAACCACUUCCCCUCUGCCCGGCCCGACGACCCUCCCUCCCUCGACGGUUACCCGGUGUUCUACCAGCGCCGCGGCGGUUCCCCUCUAUUGAUCGAAUUUGACCUGCGAAGUUUCCCCUAGCGUGUGCGGUAGUGGCGGCCGGCAGUGGCUCUCGCGCUUACGUUCCUCGGUUAGUGCGGUAAAUAAUCGCGAUACCUCGGCAUGGCUACUCCGACCGCUUGCACGCGGUUUAGUGACAACUAUGACCUCAAGGAGGAACUGGGCAAGGGUGCCUUCUCGGUGGUUCGACGAUGCGUUCAGAAGAGCACCGGUCACGAAUUCGCCGCGAAGAUUAUAAACACGAAAAAGCUGACGGCCAGAGAUUUUCAGAAGCUCGAACGCGAGGCACGAAUAUGCAGGAAGCUGCAGCAUCCAAAUAUUGUGAGAUUACACGACAGCAUACAGGAGGAAAACCACCAUUACCUCGUCUUUGACCUAGUAACCGGCGGCGAACUGUUCGAGGAUAUCGUGGCGCGAGAAUUCUACAGCGAAGCGGACGCGUCUCAUUGUAUCCAACAAAUCCUGGAAAGCGUUCACCACUGCCAUCACAAUGGAGUUGUGCACAGGGACCUGAAACCCGAAAAUUUACUCCUCGCAAGUAAGGCGAAGGGCGCGGCUGUGAAAUUAGCGGACUUCGGAUUGGCGAUCGAGGUGCAGGGUGAAGCACAGGCAUGGUUCGGUUUCGCCGGGACGCCCGGUUACCUCAGCCCGGAAGUACUCAAGAAAGAACCAUACGGCAAGCCAGUCGACAUCUGGGCGUGCGGUGUCAUUCUUUACAUCCUCCUGGUCGGUUAUCCGCCAUUCUGGGACGAGGAUCAGCAUCGAUUGUACGCGCAGAUCAAGGCCGGAUCAUACGACUAUCCAAGCCCAGAAUGGGACACCGUCACGCCGGAAGCCAAGAACCUAAUCAAUCAGAUGCUGACGGUGAACCCGAGCAAAAGGAUCACCGCCAGCGAGGCACUGAAGCACCCGUGGAUCUGCCAACGUGAACGUGUCGCAUCUGUCGUCCACAGACAAGAGACUGUGGAUUGCUUGAAGAAAUUCAACGCAAGGCGCAAAUUAAAAGGCGCUAUUCUGACGACCAUGUUGGCGACGAGGAACUUUUCCAGUAAGUAUGAUGCACAGGGUCGGAGCAUCAUCACGAAGAAGGGCGAUGGCUCUCAGGUGAAGGAAUCGACCGACAGCAGCACAACGAUCGAGGACGAUGACGUGAAAGAGGAUAAGAAGGGCGUCGUCGACCGGAGCAGCACGGUCAUUGCCAAAGAACCCGAAGCUGGCAGCGCAGGAAGUGCUAGCAGCAGUGGUAGCAGCAGCAACAGCCAGAACAGCCAGACUGGCGCUUCACCAUCCUCGCCAGCGGCCGUCUACAUUGGCAACAACCACGUGGCGACGCCCAUGGUAUCGUCGCGACGCUACGACUCAUCGAACAACGAACUGGAGAUUCGACGGGUGGGCGGUUCUGGAUACAUGCCACUCGGUCAAGCCGAGUGGUGCGACCCAGAAGAUGGUAAGAAGAACACCAACGCCGAAAUAAGAAUCGUGUGUCCUAUCAAGACCUGCAGCCAGCUCUCGACGAACUCCCAGUGUUCAGCACGCCGUCAGGAGAUCAUCAAGAUGACCGAGCAGCUGAUCGAGAGCAUCAAUAUCGGAGAUUUCGAGGCGUACACGAAAAUCUGUGAUCCACAUCUGACUGCGUUCGAGCCAGAGGCUUUAGGUAAUUUAGUCGAGGGAAUGGAUUUCCACAAAUUUUACUUUGAUAAUGCAGUUCUGGCGAAGCACUGCAAAGCCGUAAACACGACGAUCCUGAACCCCCACGUGCACCUGCUGGGCGAGGACGCCGCGUGCAUCGCGUACGUCAGACUGACACAGUACAUGGACAAACAAGGCGUAGCGCAUACCCACCAGAGCGAGGAGAGCCGCGUGUGGCACAAGAGGGACAACAAAUGGCAGAACGUGCAUUUCCAUCGAAGCAUGCUCACAGGUCCAUCGCCGUUCUCCUACAGUCAUAAGUAAAUCAGGGUGGCGGAGGAAAAAGGAAUAAAGGGGGGAAGUAGAAGAAGGGCCGAUGUGUCGGUGGACGCUCAUCGCCUCGACGCGUGGAACGAACCAACCGUGCAAGAACACGCGAUUGGAGCACACUCCACACUUCAAUCCAAACACACUUCUCUCGAUACCGAUAAAUGGAUAAAUAUGUAACAAGAUCGUUUAUCUAUUUAUUUAUUUAUCGAUCUACAGUAUACACACAUAUAGAACACAUACAUACACGUAGACAUGUGAACACGCGUAUAGUUAGUAUUAAGCGCGACAAAAUGGAAGGGAACGAGAAAAGCGAGAAAGUGUCAAGAUAGACGUAUGUUGAGGCUCGCUUCAGUACCUGCUCAGCGUACUUACCACGAAGCACCGUGACCUGUGCAUCGGCCUCGAUAGGGAACGAUUUCCGUGGAUUCGUGGUGAUUCGAAAGAGAAGAGGAUGAAGAAAGAAGAGGCAAGUUUUAUAGCUGAAGAAGAGAGCUGCGUGUUACGAAGAGCACUGUUCUGUCUUUGGUACGAUGAAGAUGUUUCAUCGGUGUAGGGUACUGUUUGAGAUACUUGAAGGCUUCUUAAGUGUCGUCGGUAGUAUAAGAUUAUUUGUCAGAUGCUUGAAAGAACAAAAAAAAAAAAAGAACAUGGUAGAAAUACGUCUCUAGAGACGUCAAUAGGCAUGAGAGAUUUGAAUAAAGUACUAGCAAAGAAUUUAAAAACAAGAACCAUGACUGAAAACAGAUAAUUCUAUAAGAUCUGUAAAACUAAACAACCGUCUCAAUUUCCAAAAGGAAAUCGUAUAGUACCAAGGAACAAUUUUAUUCCAUCUAUAUUCGUCUAAUAUUUGAGAGGAACCAUCUUAACAACUUUCUAAAUUAAAAAGGAUCAAAUCCAAAGAUCUUCCUAAACAAGAAAAAGCAUAUAUAAAAAUACCCAUAAAAAAUACCUUAGAUAAGAAAUUAACAGGAAGAAAGAAGGGACAGAACAAGACGUCACGCAAUCCUGAAGAUCAGAAGGACAAGAGAAUCGAGAUUUAAGAAAGAAGAAAAUCUAGGAAAGGUGGAAAAUGGGACGAAACGCUGUUCCAUUGGCAUCGAUGCCGAGCAUCGUGAAAGGUCAUCGGUGAACAUCGAAGGGAAAGGACGCGUUUAACAAGGGAAUGGAAAGCCGGAAGUAUAUAUCGGUGAUUGCACGGAGAACCGAAUAGAAUCGUUGAAAUGGCACACACGGCGAGAGAAGAUACCGCGAUCGACGAAGGAGAUGGCGCCGGCACGUCGGCAUCCAACGCGUAUUUAGUUCGUACGAUAGUCGCUGUACAGAACAAUCUUCCAUUGUAACUUUUUUCUUCUAAUUUUCGUUCUCGUCUCUCGCUACGACGACACACCGGGAAAAAAGAAAAGGCAAACCAAAAGAGAAAUCCAUGAGUAGAUCCGCGCGCGCGCGUGCUCUCUCUUGUAAAACCGCACGAUGAAUAAGGAAACACAGACACGCGUUCAUUAAAACAUUUUCUAAAGUGUACCUGCUGUAUCGUUGAUAAUUUCUAACCGAAUGUACGAAAACGCGCAUUCGUUCGUUCUAUUUAAUUCGCGAGGAGUAAUAUAUAUACAUAUAUAUGGAAGUUAGAGUUAUUUAACGAAUUGUUUCCAAGAAUCGUAAAUCUUGUGUGUAAUUAGUGGAGGGAUGAAAAGCAGAAGAGAUUAAUAAAAGUUACAAACUGUUAGUAUAAUUAAUAAACGAUAACGUGUAAUUAUAAACGAUACCGUAUGUACGCUUACCGAGCGUCGAGAGUAUGCUCGAAGCGAGUGGGCUCGAAUUGAAUGAUAUACUUUGGACGAAAGUGGCGAACAAGGAAAGCUACUCGCUAGAGAUGAAUAUCUGGAUCGGUGCAUACGCUCGCGUAUACACGCGUAUAACCAUACGCAACAUAGAGAUUACGCGCGAUAGUUCGAGAGUUAUAAAAAGAAAAUGGGGGAGGGGGGUUAAAGUGAAAUAAAUUAACGUAAAUGCGAAAUAAAAUUUAUUUUGUAAUAAGUUAUAUUAAACAUUUUUUUGUAUGCGUUUUCGAAAGAUAGCUAUUUUCUUUUUUCUUUUCUUUCUUUCUUUUAUUUUUUUGUUUAAUUUUCCUUAAGAUAAACGAGCUAGUUUGUCGUUAUAGUCGUGAAAUAAAACGUAUUUUUCUUGAAAGCGAAGCCCGUAAAAAGGUGAGGCCCAGGGCUAUAGCCCCCCCUAGCUCCCCCCUUAAUCCGCGCUUGUCCGAGAGGGAGAGAAGAGCGAUGUUUAAACGUUGUUACCUCAUCGUCGUAAGGCAGUUUCGCGGCUGGUGCGACGCGUAAGUUCGGCGCCGCGACGCGCGCCCCGCCAGUCCCCGCGUUACAUUUCAUUUUACCAAAUCGAUCUCGAAACGCCGAGUGCUCGUUGCCGAGCUGCCGUCGAACACAGAACCACGAGACGAGCAGGAAGUAGAAUGAGAGAUGUAGAGAAAUAAGGGGAACCCUUGAAAACCACGAAAUAUACAGGGUCAAAGAAGAAAAUGGUAAAGAAAGGAAUAAUCGAUAGAAAUUUUACCGAGUUCUAUUAACGAAAGUGGUUUCGUUCGUGUGUAGCUCGGUGCGCAUUGGCCGUGCACGAAAGGAUCGAUCCACUUCCUGGCGUUCGUCGACGAGAAAGAAGAUGAACGAACGAAAGGAACAAAGUAAGAGCAGGAUAAAGAAACGGGAGUCGCGGCGCAGCGGCGAGAGUAAAGUAGAUAUAAUAUCUUAACGGACAUUGUGUAGAAACACGGGGAACUUAGGUGAUCUGCGAUCGGACACUUUUUUCGUCGGAUUUAUAAACACCUUCGUUCAGAGAAGAAGGAAAUGAGGAAAACGAGACAGGAAGAGGAACAAAGGAGCAGUUGACGAGAGAAGGAAAAAUAAAGAGAGUAGAGAAAAAGCAAAAAAAAAUGUAACACACGAUAAAUCUUUCUUACACGGUUCGUAAAUCCUCUAUUAAUUAAUUGAUUGAUUAAUUAAUUAUUAAAUACGACUUUACGAGAGUAUAAAUCGAUUAUAUAUAUUAUAUAUAUAAAUAUAAAUGAACAAGAUUAUCUAGGAAAGAAAUAUGAAUACAUGUUUUUCGGUGAAGAGGGGGGAGGGGGGAAGAGGGGGAAUGGUGAAGGAAGAGAUAGAAGAAGGUUCUCCAUCCGCGAGAAACUAAAUAAUCGAAGGAACAUUUUUGCCAUCUUGUUAUAUAAUAUAUAUAUUAUGAUACGUGUAUGUACGCGCACGCGUGCAGACGCGCGAUAAUUCGUGAUACGCGCGUUUCUCUCGCGUUCGAGAAAUGGCGUCAUCGAUUAUUUUAAAAGAUCGUUCCAUUGAUUUGCGACUCUUUACAGAAGCUUCGUUCUACUUCCUUUAACUUUGUUGAUCUUAAUUAAUUCUUUCGCAAUGAGUUGAUUCUUCUGUAAGAAUAUAUUUAUUUACGUAAUAUUUAUAAUACUCGUUCAACAUUGAUUUAGUGAUCGACUGUGCCGAUUCUAACGAAUUUCAAAGGCGAAUAUAUCGUGUAAUUUUAUUUCGUCCAAGAUACUAAUUUGUUUCGUUUUUUAUCAUAUUAUUCGAAUGAAACGAUCGAUCGACAUUGUUCGCGAUUGAUUUUUUAUUAAAUUGAACGUCGAUCAAGCGUUGGAUCGGUUUCCACGAUCGAACACGCUCGAAAACGCGCGUCCACGCCUGCGCGCGUGCGCACUCCGCGAUUUACCGCGUAUGUAUAUUGAUAGCAGAUAGCAGAACGUGAAGCGAAGAAUGCGUGGCGGUGGAGGAAACGGUGGAAAGACGAGUGAAGUUGAAAGAGAAAAACAAACGAUUUAAUAUAUUGCAGAUACUAUAUUAUAAAUAUAAAUAUAAACAUAAAGAAAAUUAAAACUUAAGGAAUAGUUAUUUCUACUACUCUAAUUCGUCGCUUCUACGUGUGAUUGUUGUAUAAAAAAAAAGAACAAAAAAUACGAUUAUUGAUUUAUUAUCAUUGUUAUUACACGAUUAUCAUUACACGUUACGACUACUACUAUUACUAUAAUUAUUAUUAAUUAUUGCCGAGCGAAAGCAGUAUAUUAGGGAUAGAACCGGGAGCACGGGAAAAACUGUUGAAGAAAAGUCAAAAUGAAUGAACUAAAAGGAAAGUAAAUAGAAUCGAAGAAGAAGACAGAGAGAGAGAGAGAGAGAGGAAGCGCGUGUACGAAGAAAGAAAAAUAAUUUGUACGGUCCGAUUUUGUUUCCUACGGUAAAAGGUAUUCUUAAGUGACGUACGAAUGGAUUUCCAGAGAGAAUAGAUAAUCACGGACAAGAGUAAGAUUUCCAAAGGAGGAAGACCAAAUAGAAAAGAAAGCGUAACAAAGUAUGUUCGAAGCGUGUAACACUUGAGAAAAGAAGAGAAACGACAAAAUGUGGAAGAAAGAAGAAAUAAGAAUAAUAAAACGUGACGAUCUUUAUUAAUAUACACAUUUAUAAAUACGAGUUUACGAAUCGUUAAAAUGAUCGGGAGAGAUAACGGAAGAUUAAAGAAAAAGAAAAUAAGAAUAAAAAUGAAACACGGUAUACCAAUUACACAUCGAUAAAGCUAUCGAUCGAUGAUUGCGAGGAAAGUUGAAGAAUGUUAGAUAAAGUCUCGGAAAUGGCACACGCUCGCUCGCGCGCGUUAUUUACGAAGUUGUUUCUUAUUAAAUAAUAAAUAGAAAAGAAGAAGAAAGAGGGAAGGAUAAAAAAUGAAGAACCGAAUUCGGGAAAAAUAUUAACGAAUAAAAGAUAAAGGAAAUAGAAGAAAGAAUGAUGAUUAACGCGGAGGGACGUGUCUCGCUUGCCCGCAUCGGAUUUUGCUGAAAGUCAUUGUUUCUAAUAAAAGAAAUAAUAAUUGAAUAGAAAUUCGAACCAGUUCAGCAACCAUUUUCACCGGUGUCUCGUUAGUAUGAUACUCUCUUGUAGGUUAAACGUAAAAUACAGUUUAGUGUGUAAUAGCGUUAAUUGUUCUACGAAGUUUUCUCACAUUCCGUGCAACGUCUACCGAAAGUUCUAAUUGUUACCGUGUUUGUCGGCAAUUCUCAAUUUUCUUUAGUAGCUCCACAUAACAUGGAAAUUAAUCGUCGAUUAAUAGUUGGAACGUUUCUUCUUGUUGAUUUCUUCUUCAUUCUCUGCUUUCUUUAUCCUUUUUCGUUGGUAGGAUCCUUUGAAAUGCUCAGUGUUUGGUUUCCUCAAUGGUUUUAUCUCUUCGUUAAAGGAAGCAAUUAAUUAGCGCCCGUAGCGUGCCUUCUUAUUUCUCGCAAGAAAAUUCUUCUUUGUAAACGUCGUAUAUCUUCGAAAUUCUUUCUUUUCGAUAUCCACGAAAUUCUAGUUACGUGAUUACGCUGCAACACGCGCAAACAACUUGUCCGAGUUCAUCUUCGGUCAUUCACUUCUUGUCAAGCAAUUCGAUUCGUCACGUUGCACUUUAAAGUCAAUUUAGUCAGAAACCCGAAACUUCUCGUCGUUUUCUCGCCCUUCGCUUCAUUGCAGCCUGAAUAAUCUAUCACGAAGACGAAGAAGAAAAGAGGAAUUCAUCGAAGAAGACGAGUAAAAAUACCGAUUAUUCGUGUGAGAAUCGUUCGAGGGACUCGUGUAGCGGUUUUCUCGGAUCACAAAACAUCACGAGGUAGAAGAUCGAUUAGAAUUCGCGCGAUCGACCAUUCAUUCGUGACAUUCGCCUCGAAGAAGCUACUUUCAGCAAGAUCUGCUUCACUUUAAGUAGGUCGUUUGGUACGCGCAUGGUCGUUUGGAUAUUAUUUAUCGGUAUCGUUCGUGGUUUUUAUAACGAGAGGAACAUCAUUUGAGGAAUUUGAAGUGAAAUGAAAUUUGAAUUUCGGGUGAAACGAUUUGAAUUUGAAAAGAUGAUUUGGAGAAUUUGGUGGUUUUCACGAUGUUACAAAGAUGAUUUGUGCGAGGAAGUUGAAGCGAAAUGAUUUCGUUUUGAGAAGAUAAUUUGGAGAAUUUAAGAUGAUAGAAUAUAAGAUAGAAUACAGGAUGAAAAAUCGUGAAAUAUCUGCAAGUAAAGGAAAUUGAAAAGGAAGGGAGAAGGAGAUCGAUUAACGAGGCAUUUUCGUCGUUCGCAUUUUUCUUCGAUAUAUUCGAUCGUUCCAAGAGAUUUUAAACGAAUUAGGUAGAACAAGACUGUUCGUCUGAUGAUAUACUUUCGAUUUAAUAUCCGUUCGAUUUUUCUGAUCAUGCAUGAUACGAUAAACCUAACGAUCGUCCAAGUAAGCACACUUUUACUUUCCUCUCUGUACGAUCUUCAAGAUCUUCUUUGCUUCAAUCGACUAAACUCGUUAUUGUAUUGUACAUGCGCGUUUAUCGUUCGCGCUCAUUCGAACGAGUUAACUCGUUUCCUAUUGUUACGUUGCGAAUAGGAAAUCCAAGUGAUCAGAAGGAAUUAGAGGAUGGAAUUCGAAUCCUGCCUCUCUUGCUUCGCUCUCGUCUUCGUUUAGCGUUGUCGUGGUCGUUAUCGUUGAAGAAAGGGGGAUAAGCGAGAGGGUGUAAUAGUGGUACGCUCGAAAAAGUGUUGCUUUCGACUGGUAAUCCUGUAUAGAAAAAAAGAAAAGAAAUAUAUUCAGAACUUUGGAACAAUGCGAAUGUAAAUCUACGAUUGGAUAGUUUGAGGAUUCGGAAACCAAAAAAUUAUUAUAUUAAAAGAUUAGAAGAUCUAGAGAUCUAUGAGGGAUAAAAAAAAAUUUUGAUUUAUUGAAGAUUCAAAGAUUUCAAUACUUAAAAGUUUGAAAAUUCCGAAAUUUCAAUAUUUGAAAGCUCGAAAAUUUUGAAAGUUUCAAUAUUUGAAAGUUCGAAAAUUCACGCCAAAUUAUAUUAAAUUACAAUGGCCAGUCGCACGCCUUUUCGCGUGAGCCAGAGGAAGAAUCGACCGUGGGGCGCGUUAUAAAAAGAAUGGAAAGAUAAAACAAAUUUAAAGUACGGCGUAGAGCCGUGACAACCGAAUUACCGAAUUCAAUCGACAGUUUAGCGGUUAAUCGCCGUAGAGUGUAAUUAAACUAUUAAGUCUUGUUUAAGGAUGAAAAAUCGUCUUCUACGUGAGAAACCGCGACACAGCGACUCGGCUCGCUGUAAGCUCACGCGCGCACACACACCGGCCGAUUGCUGCGUAUGCACGAUUUUAUUACAGUAAUUUUUCGGUGCCGCGUUUUAGAAGAGUACACACACCGUACAGGUGAAAACUCAAGAGUCAGCCGAAUGUUUUUAGGAAUGCGGACUGAAACAAGAGCCAUAAUCCGUGAGACUCGUAGCAAACAGAAAGAACAUAUUAAAAAUACGAAUCAAGUUCCUCCCAAUCGUUCUUCCGGGAUGCUCGACGCAUGGCGUCGCGCGUGAUCUGAAGCCGUGUACACGAAAUCUUGUGGGAUACGAUUGAAAAUAUAGUUCGAUAGCAUCUCUGUAUAUUUCCUUAUUUUUCUUUUUUCAGUAUUAAUUAUUUUUAUUCCUUUAUUCAUUGCUAUUUAUUAAUCCUUUUUUUCCAAUGUCUGUGAUGAAGAAAGUUAGAUUAUAUUUAGAAAAACAUUUUUCGCGACUAAGAGAAGUACAAUAAAGAGCAAUUUUUGUUGUCUUCGUCAGUUAAGCUUCUCUAUCAUUUUUAUUAUUUUUACCGAUAACCUUCAUACACUUCUUCUAUGUUCAUUCUUCUUCCUGUAAAUAACUCUAUUCUCUGAUAAUGAUAACAUUAUUCAUUUCAUUAACACAAUUUAAUGAUAACGAGUUAAAAUAGUUUUCUAGCGAGAUGAAUAGUUUCCAUCCGUUAAGUUUGUUACGAAUAAAAAAUACGAUAUCGGUAAAGGGAUAGUGGCAUUUGGAAACACUAGCUAUAGCAGAAGUGCUGAUUCUCCUCAGAAAAAGAACAAAGAACGCCGCGGGAAGCAUUGCUACCAAGUAUCAACAUUUCCUUGCUAAUUUCGUCGAAGUUAGGGGAGACAUUAAUACUGCAAGUAUCAGUGCCUUUUAGCUAAUCGGAUCCGAACAAACUAUCGAUACUUUCUUCAUAGCAGUUUCCUUUUCCACUGUACCUUACCUAUCGUUCCCACACGGUACCUACCGAGUUCAAUUUAAUUAAACUGUCUAGCAAAUUUGUCGAGCUAUAUUUUUAAUCGUUCAUUCCCAAUACGUAUAAAUUUUUAACGUGAAGAAAACCAGAAGGUCACUGAUUGGUGAUCGUGUCUUCGAUAGAUUAUUUUACGAAAAAAAAAAAAAGAUAAAAAGAAAGUAAGAACGGAACCGUGGUUCCUAACAAUCGACGAAACAAACUAAAAGACGACGGCUGCGAGAAGAAAGCAACGUAAAGACGCGGUCUUCGGCUAUUUUGACCUCUCCUUUCGUCUCUACGCUACUUCGAAGGUCCGCGUUUCGAAGGGUUUUUUAUCGUUCCGUAACUUUUUGCGACCCUAACCUACGCAAUAUAGAAUUAUUAAUUAUCGUAACUUUUUAGCGUGUGCGUGCGUCUAUUUGUGCAUGCGUGCGCGUGAUUCAUAAUAAUCCAAUUGAGGUACAGCUCGGUUGAUUUUGCACGACAUUUCCGGAUCCGACUAAUUCGGAUCGACGAUAUAUCUCACAGUCAGAAUUCGACCAAUUUCGACGCGUACGUUAUCUCGAAUAAUUCGAAAAGAGGAAUCUAAUUAAUAGUGCUAAUAAUGAGAUAAAUAACAAGUUUCGAAUUGUCGAGUCGAUCUCGUUUCAAAACAGCGUCGAUACACUUACAUAUCUUCUACGCUUCAACAUCGAAAGGAAAAAGAAAGGAAACAUAUUACAAAGGAACGCUUAAUCGAUCGAUGCACAUUCGCCAAAGAAAAAAUCAAACAUAGAUUAAUCGUACACGUGACAGUGCGAUUUUUUAAUCUUUGCUUUUUAUCAUCGAGCGUGCGCGUCGAACGGUCGAACGUUUGAACGUUGUUCAAAAAGAAACUAAAAUAGCAAAACGAAGAACAAACCAUUUCGAGCUUAAAAGAACCAGAUGACAAAAAUGUAAUAAGACAAAAAAAAAAAAUGUACGCGAUACGCGAAAAGCAAAUAAAAAAAAAGUGAAAAAAGGAGCGAACAAAAAUGCAAAGAACAUACAUAGAAGGCAAGAUAAAAAUUAACAAAAAAGGAAUGAUGGAAAAUGGUGAAAAGAGGAAACACACACACGGAUACACACAUACACGGGAGAGAGAAUACAAAACGAGUUCGACGAAGUCCUCCAUUCGAUUUCGCGAUUGGCGGACGAUGCGUCGAAGAAAAUCUAGUGAAAAAAACAAAAAAAAAAAAAUGCAGAGAGAUACGAAUUCUAUUAGCGGACGUGCGAUCCAACUGUGCCUCGAAUAAAAUCUUGAGCGACGUCCCCUCCGACUAAAACGAAAAAAUUAUAUAAAAAAAAAUUCACGAAAAAUGUGAAGAAAAAAAAAAAAGAUUAUGAUAUGUAAUAGAUUGUAAACGUUCACUACUAUUCUUAUUGAUAUUAUUGUCAUUAUUAUUACUGUCAUCAUUAUUAUAUUGUCAUUGUUAUUGUUACUAUGAUUACCGUCACGCGCAUUUUAGAGGAAUUAUUCACGUGCAAUCUGCGAUGGCGAAUUCCGCGCGACAUUCGUGUUUUUACUUCUUGAGCGUUGCGAUGAAGAGAGAAAAGAGUAAGAAAGUGAGAGAGAAAACGGAACGAAACGGAAGAAAAUUCACGGACACCAGAUAGAGAAAAUUAAUUUCCCGUGAAAUACGCUAUUUUCUAAAUAAGAAUUUCAAAGAAAUAAAUUCCAUAGAAAGUGGAAAGUAGCGAAAUUUUGCGCUGGGAAAGAAGUUUCGAAAAUUCUAUAAUUCUCGAUUCUUUCGCGUAUAGAUCGAGGUAUUCAUGUUUCGAUCAUCGAUCUUCUCAGUAUUCUCCAUUUCUCUUCGCCUAAAUUGUAAUAUGUAGCUAUCUAUUGUAGUCUACCGCCGCGUAAAUUCCAUAAUUCUACUUCAAGGACUUGAAAACGUUCGAAAUAUCUAGAUUAGGAUUUUCCCUCUUUGAUUACGACUGAUUUACAAUCCGCUUCGAUAUCGAGUUUAGCUUCCAAUAGAUUAUUAUCGAUAAAAAAGCAUUACACGAUAAUCUAAUUAUAUUAAGAGUAAUCUAAUCUCUUAGUUCUAUUAACAAAGUGUGCUGUAUUAGCGUCACGAAGCUUUUUAAAGUGGAAAUCGUUAAGUCGCGCAACGAUCGAUGAUCGAUAGACGAUGGAUUUGACGCGGCAGGAUUGUAGAUCAAGUUUUCUGCUUCCGAUUUCUGUAUUCUAUCCGGUGUCGCGUGUUUGAAAGCAUCGAAUCAACGUUUCGAAGGGAAAGAGCGUUUCUACGAAGCACGGCUUUUGGUAGAUCUAACGAUUAGCUCGAACCUUGAUCCAUUUGUGGACGAAACGUCGAUCGAUCUCGCCCAUGUUGGUGGAAUCGCCAACUGGAAAGAGAAGAAAGAACGAAAAUCAGCGUGAGAAUGCGUGAGAAUAUACGAUAGAGCGAGUGUGAGAAUGAGAGAAUGGAGUGAGAGCGUCGAAUAGAGAAAAAUGUGUGAAUUAUUAAAAGAAAAAAAAAUCUCUCAUCGGUACAUUUAAUAUAACGCUAAUUCAUUAUUACAGACAUUAUUGGAUUUACGGUAAACGGAUAAGCGAUUGAUUACAAUUUUGUCCUAAUGUUCAGAGAAAUAAAACAAGGAAAUACACACCCGUUCCCGUUAUACACUUCCGGUUCUGCAUCGUACCACGUUCUUCCUCGUCUGUCGCUCGUUCUCACAUUCUUAGCUUCCAUUUAAUCAUCUUUAGUUUUAGCUAUUUAUCGUUUAGCUGUUCUUACAGAAUCGCACAUUUUGUUACUAAUUUCGUUUUGUUGUUUUUUUUAUUAUUACCGUUACUUGUGAUUACUUCGUUCCAUAUAUUUGUUCCUAUGUCAUCCAAUUGUCUGGAUAACAAAUAUUAUUAAUCUCCUAGUUAACUACGAUUAUUCUUCAGAUACUUAUUCCUAUCUCAUUUAAUUAUUUAAAUGGUAUAAUCAUUGUUUUCUGAUUCAUCUGUUUAACUGAAACUAUCCUUCAAUUAUAAUUAUUUGUUUUUACCAUGUCUGAUUUUAACUAUUUUUACAAAUGUUCUAUAACGUUUUCAUUGAUUACAAUUAUACGACUGAAUAUAUCCCAUCAAGUUCUCGUGAUUAAUCACGUGUCGACGUACGGUUCACCAAAUAGAAGAUAAACUCUCUCGCAAAUACAUAUGUAAAGAUACGUUCGAAUUUAGGUGACAGAUAGGUAAACGACGGUUCGAUAAACGAGCGGCAGAUAAGGUAAUCGUCAGUGAACAUCGCGUUUUAUGUUCCUUUCUUUUUCCAUUCAAUUUGUUGUUCCUCGGUCGAAUACCUGCCUAUCCCCUUCUCCUCCUUUCUUCGUCGAUUACGCUCGAACAGACCCCAGCAAACAGUAUCUUUAACCGACUGUUAAAUAUUUUCAAAUAAUAUCUUUGUAUCGUUAUUUGUUUCAAUAUAUUACUCUUCUUCGUCGUA